GUCAGGCAACGCUGCGCCUGGGCAGUAGAGUUCGGUUCUCGCUUUAGUACGCGCCGAGUUGAAACAGAGUUGUUUUGAGCUGCUAAUUUCGCGUCACGUCGCUGAUCAAUCAAGUAAAAAGCUGUACCACCUGAGAAACUCGAUAUUCAGCGGAUCAAACGCAAAUUUUAAUAGCUGUGUUAGGCGUUUGUCAUCCCAAAACGCCUGUGAGAGUGAUCGCGUUUACUCUCUGCAGAGUUAGCGGGCGCAUAAUUGCAUUUUUCACUCUUUGCACUUUUCAGGGCGGUCCUAAACCCGACUGGAGAUUUUAAUCGAUUUUAGUUUUCAUAUUCGGACGUACUUCAUGCAGGUAAAUAAGUUUAUCAUUUCGCUUCGCUCGCAUAGGUGCUGAGAAAGGUCGGCCCCGUCAUGUACAGCUGACUAGCUCUCUGCCUGCUUUACUUGCGAAACAGGUCAUUAGACGUUGAGAUGUCUGAUGUGGAUGUUUCUGGUGACUCUGAGGAAGAAGGCAGCCAGUGGGAAACAGACGUGUCAAUUGCGGGCAGUGACGACACAGUGAGCAAUCUGUCGGGUAGUGUCACCGACCAGUCGGAUGAAGACCAGGAUCUCUUCCUCGACUUUGACGAAGGCACAACCAACAGUUCAACUGGUAUACAUGUUCAAGUGGACGUUGGCAACAUGAGUGAUCUCGAAGAUUUUGAUGACUCGGACUCAUCAUCCGUUCAGGUGCUCUCAGAAGCAGAACAACUAGAUGUCUCUAGCGUUGUUGAAGUGUGGACGGAUCGUGGAGAUGAGCUACCUGAUGAAGAUGAUCGAACUCAGUCUCCAGACUCCCGAUCAGAGCCAGGUAAUUCGGACACUGAAGUCGAAGAAAAUGGCAUGCCACAAGUAGAUGUUCCAGUAGUAGUUGCAUCAAGUGAGCAGCAACAGCCGCAACAACAAGCAGUGCAGCCAGUGCCUGCACAUGAACGGAGUGUUUCCGAUGAAGAAGGAACUACUUGCACAAUAUGUUUUGAAGCUUGGACAGCAUCGGGAACCCAUCGAUUGGCAUCCCUGAAGUGUGGACAUCUGUAUGGACUGAGCUGCAUUGAGAGGUGGGUUCGAGGACAGCGUGCCAAGUGUCCUCAGUGUAAUGCACCAGCCAGGAGAGUCGAUAUCCGCCCCAUAUUUGCACAGAAGCUAAUGGCAUUGGACACGAUUCAGCUGGACCAGGUCGUGAGCGAGCUGAAUGCAGAGCGGGAGAAGCGCAAGCGCUCAGAGAUCGAUGCCGAGCUGAUGCGGCAGAAGUACAAGCUGCUGUUGAACGACUACGAGAAGGUCAAGUCUGAGUUUUCCAACAUGAAGAGAAUGAGGCUAGAGACUUCGGCCUCAAGUCACAUUGACUGCAGCGCCGGGAGCAGCUCUUCCCAACGGUCUCCGGGCAAGUUCACUUUGGAUCGGGCUAUCGACCUCGGUAACAACACGUCGUGUAGAAAUUUGGCUGUCUCUGGGGUGCUGAAUCUGCUGGUGGUGUCGCAGAGCAAAAGUGGCCUUUUCAGUGGGUACGGCCUGCGCAAGGUUUCACUCUUCGACUUGAAGUCAUCCCAGUACAUCUUGAUACACAAGGGUGAAAUCAAGGACAUCGCAUUCCAUCAGCGCGACGCACUUGUGCUCUCAGCCUCCAACGACAAGACUGUCAAGCUUACUACCAUGAUAAACGACGCGAUUGUUCAGACUUACCACCAGCCUGUGGAAGCCUGGAGCUGUGCGUGGGACAAGGACGACAGCAACUGCUUUUACGUGGGCCUUCGAAACGGCGCGGUGCUGAAGUACGACAUACGCGUGACAUCCGAGCCUGUCUGCAAGCUGCCCACCACCAAUCGCUAUGAGCCCGUGGUGGCCAUGCAGCACAUUCCCAAGGGGCCAUCAUGUGCCGAAGACAGAAGCCCGUCAGGCCUGCUGGUGUCCCAGUUUCAGAUGUGCUCCUUCUUCGAAAAGCAGGCUGACACGGCGUUUAAGGUGCACCCUCUCCACAUGGAAGGCAACUGCAUUUCUAUCAGUUAUGAGCACAAUACACGACACCUACUGAUGAGCUGCAGACCAAGUGCUAGGACUCCUUACAUGACACACUCUAUAUGCAACAUGCUCUUCCCGAUGGCAGAUGAAGGCAGCCAGUGUGCCUUCAACGUUGUCCAUGUGUUCAAUGGAGGUCCCACUCAGGUGCAGCUGUCAAGAUCGUGCAUCUGCCUUGACCCUGAUGAUGCUGCCAACUUCUGGGCUGUAGCUGGUGAUGAGUCGUACAAACAGGUUCUUGUGUGGGAUGCUUCGUCGGGCAAGCGCAUUCACCAGCUGCCAGUCACCAACCCUGUGCUGGAUGUGUGCCCUGUGACAACUCCCCUCGGCUGGGGUCUGGCAGCGCUCGCUAAAAACACCCUGUCCCUAUACUCUUGGAAGCAUGGCGUCAACUAAGUGUCAUAUGUCGAAGGACAGCAUCAAACUCUCACCGAACAACGUCGGGCUCUGCAAAGUGGACCUCUUUGUAUGGCGUCAUGCAAAUUGUGGUCUGGUUGCAACUGUUCUGCCCAGUCAUCAAAUCUGUACAUAGAAAAGGGACUUUGAAAUUAUGCUCUCAGGGGUCUGUGACUAGAGUCUGCUAUUGCAUGACAUAAUCUAUUUGUUGUACAGGACAGUUGUUUGGCUCAGAGGAAAGCUCAUCACUUGUUGGAUGUUCAGCCGUCGUUAACGUGUCGAACUUAACACACUGGGCAAAGAACCACCACACGGCCCCCGUAUGGCAGCCUGCGGCUGCAAUGUGAAUAUGUCACAUGCUGCACUUACGAUAUGUGUGAUAAAGGGGCCCUACAUAGCACUGUCAAGUGUUUCAUUGUCACAGCGCCUCCUCCCCCCCUCCCCCCAGCUGAACAUUGGCAUGCUCUGGACCAGAGGGCAUGUGCAGUAAGCGAAUGACUAAAACUAUUGUGCCUUUUAAAAGCACCAACUUCCUUUCGACUUCAAGACACAUUGUACAGUGCUACAUCGCAUGGUUCCAGGGGAUAGACCAGGCGCCAUUGUCUGAAGUUAGCUGUACUAAUGAGAGGUUGUCUUGCUUUUCCAAUUAUAUAAAUUUAAAUGCUGCGCAUGUGUCAUAUUUAUUGUGGGAUGCCUCAACUUUUUCAACUGGAUAUGGUUGUUUGCAUACCAACCUACUUUAGAUUCCCUUUAAAGCUUCAGUUUGGAGCAGUUCUUGACGUGAGGCUCUGACACAGCUGUUAGAUGCAGCAAAGAUACCUGGGGGGUAUUGGGGGCUGAGUCAAUGGUCACGUUUUGCCAAACAUUGAAUCAUGGCAGGAUGAGUGUCAUAAAAAUGUGCUCGUGCAUAUACAGUAAGUGCACGUCUUGCAAUUCAUUUGAAACAUGGCUGCAUGCAUAUCACAAGUAUUUACUCCUUUGUGAUCAAUAAGUGCAAGUCUCAUAUAUUUUGAUGUGUUGUGGUUUACCCAAAGCACCUAAUGCCAUGACAUAGAUUGAGGCACCUAGACCUGCCACGUGGACUAAGGAAUUAUGUUGUACAGGUUAUUUGUAUAUUACCUCUGCAAAAUAUUUUACAAUGUUGGCUUAUGUACUGAAGACCGCCCAGAGCUGUUACUCGUGCCAAAAGAUAAACCAGGAAGCUGUUAGGGAAGCUGCGUCAGGUUAAGUGGCGUUGUGAGUGAAACGUGAACGUGCCAUCACUUUGCACUUCAGCGUCAUAAACUUGGACAGCGUUGUAUAAAGCACCUUGCACUCAGCACAAUACCUUCCUCUAGACGGCCGCAAUUUUUUUUCUUUGGAGCACACUUGAAACAGUUGUUUAUAACCAGCAAUGUCUGUUGUACAGCUUGAAGUGUUUUCUUGCCUGAUCUGAAAGUAGAGUCAGCCUUAUCAAGAAAUUUUUUUGCAAACCUGAGUGCACACAAUCUUUUUCAUAGGUCGCAUCAAGUUGGUCAUCAAACAGGAUUGGUAUCCUUACAGAAAAUAUAGCAUCUAAAUAUAUUCUUUCUGAAAUUUCCUCUUAGCGCUUCUAUUUUAAGAUGUGUAGACGACAUCAGCUGAAGUUAACAAGCGUCUGUGACGAGCACCUUGUGGCAGGUCAGGUGUGACUGCUUGUUUCUGUGAACGUUGUUUACGCUCGGCAUUUCAUCCACUAUUUUCAGUUCUCUUCUACAUGCAAGUUGAUUAGCUUGAUUUGGCAUUGAGCAGUUAGUUGAACAGCACUGUCAGUGCGCUUUCCAGGUGAAGCCAGCUGUCAUGGGAAUGGAGUCCAAUAUGCCAUGUCACACUACUGUAAUGUUUCAGAGUGGUUCUCUUCAAGGUUAUUGUUCGUUUUCAGUUAUUCUUUUGCAUGUCUAUUCCAUCUCAAUUCUUAAUUCUGCACACUGACAAGCCAAAGCCAUACCCCCUUUAGUACGCUGGAGAGACGGCUUUGGCAACUCAACUUCAGGGUUAUUGGAGGUGUCUGCCUCCUUAGGGAGGUUUAAAAGUGUACAUAAUAUAUAAGGUGUGUGCUCACCUGUGUCCCAGGUUUGAUGGAGGGAGGGGGGUAACAAAACACGAUGGUGCUUCAACAAAGCAUCUAAUAGGGACAAUUUUAAACAAGUGUUUGAAGGUGUUACUUUUGUGUGUGCAUAUGCGUACAAUUGUUUGCGAGCACCCUGGUGUGAAUCAAUAAAUGCUUUGUGCGUGAGUUUUUA